AAUGAAAUCAACAUUGAGUGUGCUCUUGGUUGUUUUAGUAUCUGUCUAGGGUUUCUAGAGUGAUAUGUUCAGCAAACAUCAUAUCCCUAACAGAAACAUCAUGGAAAUUAUGAUGUAAAUUGAAGCCCAACUUGCUUCAGGAGGUCCAUUCGACACAAUUAACACAAUGUUGUAAGGCUUCAGAACUUCAGUCACAUCUGAAUAAAUUGCUCAUGAUGACUUAUAUGCCAGAUAAAAGAAUGAAUGUGAUUCAGAAACAGCUUUCAGAAGAGGAUAAAUUCAAGAUGCAAGCAAAAUCUUGAGUGCUUCAACAAACUAAUUGAACUUAUGUUCAUUCUAAAGAUAAAAGGCUAAGGCUGAAUUUGGUAUGACAGAAGACUAACUUACCAUGAAUUAAUAACACUUGUCAUUAAUAUAAGAAGUUAGAAAGACAGAAUAAGAAAACUUUAAUAAGAUGGCUGUUAUCUUCUAAGAUGCAUUGAGAGUCAUUGAUGAAUCAGUCUAUUUGGCUAAGAAAUUCAGUGUUGGAGAUGCCAGUUUAAUUGAAUUAGCUGAUGCAACAGGUCAAAUGAUGUAACAUUCUGUAAGUUUGAAGAGAACAGGAUAAUAUGCUGCAGUUUUGGCUUCAUUAGCUAGAAUUUCUUUGGCUGAAUAAGUUAGUUCAGCUGAUGUUGACAGAUUGAUCUAAUUGUUAUAAACCUUAAGGUAUUUAAUUAUUUAAAUUUAUUUAGAAACAACAUUGAAGAUUCUUAUAAUUAAUUCACAGCUGAAAACAAUUAAGCUAUUGUUUUAUAUAACAACUAAAAGGAAAGAAUUGAUAAGAACAUUGCUAGAUUAGAAAAAUCAAAGACUAGACUUGAAGAUUAAAUUACCGAUUUGAAUGGAUGUGUUGCCACUUAAACUGCCAUCUCAUAAGCUGCUAGUAAUAAGAAAUAAAGAAACUAAAGAUUAUUGGAUGAUGCUACUGCUCUGUGCACUACCUUCAAUAGUGAAUAUGAAAAUGCUUCAGCUGCUAGAAGAUAAGAAUUAGUCCUCUUAUCUGAAGUUGAAAGAUUAGUAGAAAAAAGAUAAAAUGAAGUUAAAUGAU